UAGUUAAUACAGAAUUUCAAUUAUUGCAAAGAACGUUCUUAUUACAUUUAUCGUUAGCAAAUUGAGUUACUUAUUAGUAAUAAGUAGCAGUCUGGUUGUGUAAAACAGACAAUCUGACAAGCACCCACCGGGAAAAGUAGUAUCACAUGGUGACUUACGAUAAUGUUGCGAAAUGGAUAAUCUCAUCCUGCCCAAGUUUCCUCUCUUCGACAAACCCGUUCCGCCGCUGCGCGGUGUCCGCAGCGGCCUGUACCUCCCCAACAAACCCUACCUGCUCCCCGCCAUCAAGCAUGCCUAUCGUUAUCCGCUGGCGGAAAACAUCUGGCACGAGCAGUACUGCAUCAGCGCCACGAAUGCCAACGGCAACAUCCUGCACCCCCUCAGCACCGUGCUGCCCCUGGGUGCGCCCAGUCUCCUGGCCAAUCUGCAGGACUACUGCACGGAGAUUGUCCCCUUUGCCGUGCAGACCCAGCAGUGGGUGCGGGACAUGCAGGACCGACGGCCGCGGGGACGGCCUCGGAAGGGAAAAGCGAAGAAGAACAAGGGGAAAGCAGCGGAUGAAGAAGACGAGGAAAUGGAUCACGGACCGGGAGAGGACUCCGUAGGGACCAGCAAGACUUCGCUCAAUGUGCAGAAAACCGCGGAAGAUUUUGCUAACGAACUCAACGACAUUCCCGAACGCGACACGUUCCUCCUGGAUACUCCGCUGCCUUCCAUGCCCCUGUACCGCUGGUACAAACCCUACCGCACGGAGAUGGAACGCGUGAAGGAUGAAGGCCGGCGCGCAGCGGUGAAGACCGGCCUCCCGCGCGUUGGACACAUUAAUUCUCCCGUAAAUUGGUAUUUCUCCGGUGGAGCGCUGAGCUAUCUCAGUUUUACCCCGGAACGGGGGUUUGUCAUCAGUCCCAAGGGGACACUGACGGGUGUGCAGUGUCUUCCGGUGACGAUCAGCGACAGCCGGACGGGAAGCCGGGUGGUUGAGGCCGGUGCGGCUCAGGAGACUGUUACGGAGGAUGUCGUUUACCAGAUUGUAUCGCAGCAAUCUCCAGACUUCGAUUACGGCUUGAUUGGAAUUCGGCAUGCUACCAACUGUUCGAUCCUCCAACAACAGAACAUCGACACCGCGGAGCUGACGUAUAAGACCGUCCUGCAACGCCCCGACGACUUCACCGCAUUCUCGCACAUCGCCAGCAGCCCCUACGUAGUGGGCGAAUUUCUGACGGGGACCCAGAACGGCUACGUGACGCUGUGGGAUGUGGAGAUGCCGACGCACAUCUUCGAAAUGAACAUCAGCGAGAUGGCCUUCCGGCGAGCAGCGCGGCAUCAGUGGAUUGGAUGUUAUUUCGGCAGCGGUGGCCGGGAGUUCGGUGUGAUGACCAACGCCGCCGUGGAGUUGUUUGACCGGAGACUGACCACCGGGCGAGCGGCGAUGACCGUGCUGAUGACGCGCGGAUUGUACACGACUGGAGUGGAAAAUGACAUCGUUGCGGCACAAACUCUGAGAGGAGAUCACUCGUUCUACCAUGUGGUGGCAUCCACAAGGGAGCUUCUGGUGGUUGAUCAACGGUAUCCGAAGCUACCCGUGUUGCGGUGUCCAUCGCCGGCACCCACUCCCACAAUGUAUUUGUCGCAUUUAGCGAAAGCUACGACCGUAUCCGAUGCUGUUGUCACCGGUGCGCAAAUGGCACAGACAUGUGUCUGUUAUGAACUGACCGUCCCGGAGCAUCUUCCGGUAUCCAUUGCCAGUUUGCCGUUUUGUACUGCCACACCGCGACAAUUGGUUGAACACUUGCCGCUUUCUAAUGUUUACUGUGAUUUCACCACACAAGAGCGCCUGCGGAAACCCAUCAUCGGCAUGACGCCGAUAGGGCAUCUGGACGCCGACGGCUUCACCGUGGCCACGGUAUCCGCCUGUGGUGAUCUAUUCGUGCAGUCAUUCGAAGUGGUCUCGGCCACGGACUACAAUACGAAUCAAUUCGGAACCAAGGCCUUCUCCAGUGUGCACUUCGAUUGGCAGCUGGAUGACGUGGAUUGUGAGCGGUGGGUGGGUUGGUUGCGGCAGGCCCGUGGCCGGGUCUCCGAUCCCACCACCAAAUCCUAUCUGCGAGUCUUCCAGCCGGGCGAGGAGGCAAAGAUUUCCGAGAGACUGGGUGAGCUGCGAGAAAUGUGCGCGACGGCGCAUAAGAGGAAACCGCAUCCGGAGUGUCUGCGCUGUGUGCCGCGCGAGAGUGUCGAUCAUAUAGAGAAGCCGGAUGAGAUUUGUCCGCGGUGCCAGAUGGCCUUAGGCACGGUAAAAAGACAGGUGCACACAGCGAAUCUGAAUCGUUUCGUUUUCGUAACGGAGGAUUAUGCUCCUGGUCGAAAGCCCGCCGAACUGCCAGAUGCACUGAAGCGAAAGGAGCGCUUUCGGGAAAUGGCGCUGACAAAUCGCAUCGCCCAUCGAAUUGCGGUGCACUGUUACCACGAGACGAUCUCCGAUGCCGGUUUACUGCCCAAAGCGGAAAACAAGAUGAUCCUCCCGGUGUUGAAGAAGGGUCGCGGUCGAAAAUCGAAGGCGGAAGAAGAUGAACUGAGGAAAACGCUGCUAGAACGAGCGGAAAACCUCGAGCAAGCGGAGAUUCAGAGGAACAUCUCGCCACCGCCGUUGUUUCCCUCGGAACCCCGAGAAAAAUGCGUUGGAUACGAGCGUCAAUCGAGCAUUGAAUAUCAGCCCUCCAGGAAUCGGUAG